ACGCUAAACCACAUUCGAUUUGUUAAUUCGAUCAACAUGUGCAGUUAUAGCUCGUUUCGAAACGGUAUUUUUUAAUUCCGGUUCCCCUCGGACUUAUAUAAGUCCCUCCGUUUAUAAGCCCAUCUAAAAGCCCCUAUGAAGUUGUAAUAGCCUAGGGCUUCUAAGCGGCAGUUCACUUCAUGAAUGCACGCACCAAACAGGCCAUCCAUGACUGGUGUUUGACAAUAUGAAAACAUUGUCAGUCGAUGCUGUAAAACAGUUCGAUUUGAGAAUUAAUUCUGUAAAUCAAUCCGUUAUACCAGGGUGCAUUUUAACGAGGCUCCAUUUGAAAUACAGGGCAGUUCUAAGCAAUAAAAAGUAACACAUUUGUACAGGUACCAAACCAAGAAACGUUUUAUGCACCUGUACUUCCGACAAGUAACGAAUCACAAAGGAAACAUUGAGAGCAGAACAAUAUGUUACAAGGCUUUUGUAUCGGUGGAAAAAGAAAAUUCUGCUUGCAGGGAGUAACCAAUCAAAUAAUUUAUCGCUUUAAAUUCUCCCUUGAAAGAAGUCAGGCACGGAGGUGUGAAUCUCUAAUUUAAAAACACUAUUUGACGCGUUGAACCGACGGAGUUUACACCAAAUGGCACGCUUUGAACUGACCUUGUGAGAAACAAGCAUUGUUAUAAUAUAAACACAAACAAAAAGAGGCAAUCAGAUGUUUUGCUUAAGCAAGAAACACGGACAGGAUUUAUUCAUGUGUAAUGCAAUCUUAGCUGUUGUCGCAGCGCUUAUACUGAUGAGCGGGAAUCACAACGUAUCCGCCAUGGGUCUGAUAAAGCCUGCGGAUCGGUUAAAGCCGACGGGCGAGGACUUCGCCAUUUGUGAGCUUUCUGCGGAACAAAAGGAAAACUUCUUGGACGACCACAACAAAUAUCGCGGAAUGGUUGAUCCACCUGCUGCGGACAUGGAGUAUAUGUUUUGGGACGAAGACAUUGCCAACCUAGCUCAGAUGUGGUCAAACCAAUGUGUAUGGGAACACGGGUUUGUUGAAUUCGGUGACGAAUACCCUCAUGCUGUUAACUUCAAAAGAGUGGGUCAAAAUCUAGCGCGACAGUGGGGAACACUUGACAACCCAGACGACCGCGUGAAGUCCUGGUACCAGGAGCGCCGGUACUACUCAUACAGCAAGUUUACAAACCCGAUGGGAGCCUCUUGUUCUAAAGAGCCAUGCGGACAUUACACACAGGUAUUUCAAGUAACAAGGGGAAAGACAUUUCUAACAGCUUGGUUUUCUUUAAGAGGUAACAUAAUUGGGGAAUAUCCUUACAAGAGAGGAACUCCAUGCUCUAAAUGCGCCUCUGGUAAAGGAUUUUGCUACAAGAAUCUAUGUAGGGACUGUGACAACUUUGACAGCGAAUGUGGUAAAAGUCUCACCAAGGAAUUGUGCUCUACAAAGCGUGAAUUAAUGGCCAAGAAAUGUCCAAAGAUGUGCAACUUGUGCGGUAAGUUAAGUCAACCUUGGCUGACUUUGCUGAUGGAAAUAAAGUAUGUACCGUUGAAAUCGCAAGUUUUGUCAAAUAUCUUUUUCUUCAUCCUUAUAGAGUGUCCUUUGAAAUGCCAAAAUGGUGGAACAGUAAACCUCCAGAAUUGUGUUUGCUCGUGUCCUUCAGGUUGGAAGGGUCUAGAUUGUUCAGUGCGUUGUUUUGACGCUGCCGGGAAAGACACUUGCGUGUGGCGAAUGAAUCAUGGGCACGACUGCCAGGCGUUUUACAUGAAGAUUGACUGUGCUGCGACUUGUGGAUACUGCGAUGACGGCAGUAAAACUUCCACCACUACACCAGCUCCUGCAACAAAUGUCCCAACACCACCACCCACAGCAACAGCGACUACAAGUUCUUCGUUGACAACUUCAAACCCAAAUGUCCUUACGCCCACACCACAAGGGUUCUUGCCUUCAGAGUGCAAGACCAACCAACAUUCUCGCUGUGACGUGUGGGCGGCUAUUGGCGAGUGUGAAAAGAACCCCCUGUGGAUGAUACCGAACUGCUGUGUCAGCUGUAAACAUCAUCAGAUGCCUAAAGAAUGCAAGGAUGCAUCUCCAAACUGCCCGGUGUGGGCUUAUCAAGAACAAUGUGAAAUAAACCCCUUGUGGAUGUUAAAAAACUGUAGACAAAGCUGUAACCAGUGCGGAGCUUGUAACGACACAGAUGCCAAGUGUCCUUCGUGGGCGCUAUUAAAGCUGUGCAAGUCGAGAGACAACAUGACUUGGAUGAACAAAAACUGUAAGAAAAGCUGUGGCUUGUGCAAAGUUUAUGACAAACAUGCAGAAUGCCCCGCCUGGGCUGCGAUGGACGAAUGUAAAACAUCUAACUGGACUUGGAUGAUGGAUAACUGUCCACGAAGUUGUGAUGUUCCUUUUUCAGAGGCCUCCUUUUGCGGCAACAAAACAAACGGUAAUUACCAUGCCCCCAGUACAUGUCAAGGAUACAUUGCGUGUUCAAAUGGUGUCACAAGUCAUGUGGCCUGUCCCGCAGGACAGAAGUUUGACACAGUUAAGAAAAUUUGCCAGUCAGCGAAUCGAGCAAUUUGCACAGCGGCUUGUCCAAGAAGUCAAAUUCGACUAAGAGGUAAUCUCAACACAGAAUUGUGCAAAAAGAAUGGAGGGAGAAGAAGUCGCUUUUGUUUGAAUGUCUCGGCACUCAAGACCAAACAACCGCAACAACAACAACAACAACAAUAAAAACAUUUUUGCGCAAUCCAUUCAGGCUAAUUGCAUGUUAUGUACGAUAGUUGUUUUUGUUAUUUUAGAAUGUUCUGUUUUUUUCACUAAUAAAGUUUUCAAACCAAGGUCACCAUGACG